CCUUCCAAGCACGUAUCUGCCCACUUUUGUGAUCUAGGGUUUUCUCCCACCGUGUUUUGUUUUGCAUGGUACAGGUGAUUUUUAACUGCAGUGCACUUGGUGUUUGCAUUUCUGAUAAACUUCUCAUAUACAUGUCAUGAAGAGAUGCUGGUAUACAUUUCAUUCUGGAUUGACAUGAUGAUAAAUGUGAUACUGAACACCCUAAACCUUGUGUUGUUUAGAAUCUUUCCAGGUCUUGUCUUGUUUAAGAAGGUAGUAAUUUUCUGUUCAUUCCAUGAAAAAUUUUACCAUUGAGAUUUUGGUUUGUUCAGAAUGAUUUAUAAAUUGCUCUGUUAACACACUGGUGUCCUGGUCCAGGUAGACAUCACUUUAACCAUUUAUAUUUCUAUCUCUAGUUUCUAACUUUAAGAUCUAAUAGCUGGGAAUUAAAAUUAGCCUGAAUUAGAAUUGAAGUAAUAUACAACCAGAGUACUUAAAAGCUUUGUUGUGGGGUGUGAAGAUUGACACUUCAAGUUUGAAGCUGGAUGGAUUUGGAUGGUUGGAUGGUUAUGAAAGAGCUGUUUUAAGUCCAGAGGAAAAUUGGUGGCUGCAAAAUUUCAAGCAAUGUUGGACAGUACAUCAAACAGGAGAGGGGCAGCAGACCUGCGACAGCGAAAGAAACAAAACUGCACAGAAUCUGACAAAAUGGCUCCAGAGGAGAGAAACAAAGAAAAUUCAAAGCUGGGAAGGUCGCCAAAAUAUAUGUUAAUCCAGCGUUUUGCAAAGCUUUUCUUUGGCUGUCUCGCGGCAGUCACCAGUGGAAUGAUGUAUGCUGUGUACCUCUCAACAUAUCAUGAACGGAAAUUCUGGUUUUCCAGCAGGCAGGAACUUGAACGAGAAAUUACAUUUCAGGGUGACAGUGCCAUUUAUUACUCAUUUUAUAAAGAACUGCUAAAGGCUCCUUCCUUUGAAAGAGGUGUUUAUGAGUUGACACACAACAAUAAGACAAUAUCACUGAAGACUAUAAAUGCUGUCCAGCAAAUGACUUUGUACCCAGAGCUGAUUGCCAGUGUUUUAUAUCAAGCAUCUGGUAGCGAAGAAGUUAUUGAACCAGUGUAUUUCUACAUUGGUAUAGUUUUUGGACUGCAGGGAAUUUAUGUGACUGCAUUGUUUGUAACCAGUUGGGUUAUGAGUGGGACUUGGCUGGCAGGAAUGCUGACUGUAGCAUGGUUCAUUAUUAACAGGACAGAUACAACAAGAAUUGAUUACUCCAUACCAUCUAGAGAAAAUUGGGCUUUGCCAUAUUUUGCAUGUCAAGUAGCAGCUCUCACAGGCUAUUUAAAAAAGAACCUAAACUGUUCUGCUGAGAAGUUUUGUUAUCUUUUGGUGAAUGCCUCAACAUAUACCUUCGUGAUGAUGUGGGAAUACAGUCAUUAUCUCCUGUUUGUCCAGGCUGUUUCUCUUUUCCUGCUAGACAGCUUUGCCCUAGCACAGACAGAGAAGGUGCAUGAGGUAUACAGAAUCUACCUGUUUUCUCUCAUUGUGGGGUACCUUCUGCAGUUUGAAAAUUCAGCCUUACUAGUGUCACCAUUACUGAGUCUUGUGGUAGCUUUAAUGCUCUCCAAAUCCCUUCAGAUGAAUAUGAAAAAAAGUACAUUUGUGUCAAGAUUGCUGAAAAUAAUGUAUAUUUAUUUGGUACUUACAGUAGCAGUGACACUAAACUUCUUAUUAAAGAUGUUCAUUCCUCAUAAAGAAAAUGAGCAUUUGCUGAAGUUCAUUGAAGUAAAACUUGGCUUAAACACAACUAAGAAUUUUACAAUGAAUUGGCUCCUUUGUCAAGAAUCUCUUCAGGCACCCUCCCAAGACUUUUUUUUGCGACUAACACAGUCAUCACUGUUGCCUUUUUAUAUUUUAGUAUUAAUUAUCUGCCUUUUUUCUGUAACUCAGGUCGUUUAUAGGAGAAUUUGUGGUGAACCACUGAAAGAGACAGUUAAACUUGAGGAUGGUCGAAUUGGAGAGAGGCCAGAAAUAGUUUAUCAUGUAAUUCACACAAUUUUGCUUGGUUGUCUAGCGAUGUGUUUGGAAGGAAUGAAAUAUCUAUGGACACCUUAUGUUUGCAUGCUUGCUGCAUUUGGUGUGUGCUCUCCUGAACUUUGGAUGACACUUUUCAAGUGGCUUCGACUGAAAGCUGUGCACCCAAUACUGCUGGCUCUUAUUCUGAGUAUGGCAGUUCCCACUAUAAUUGGAUUCAGCCUGUGGAAAGAGUUUUUUCCUAGAAUAAUGACAGAACUUACAGAACUGCAAGAAUUCUAUGAUCCUGAUACAGUAGAACUUAUGACAUGGAUAAAGCGACAGGCUCCUGUGGCUGCAGUGUUUGCAGGCAGCCCACAGCUCAUGGGUGUGAUUAAGCUCUGUACAGGAUGGAUGGUGUCGAGCUUGCCUUUGUAUAAUGAUGAUGAUCUUCUGAAAAGAAAUGAGAAUAUUUAUCAAAUCUAUUCAAAGAGGUCAGCAGAGGAUAUUUAUAAGAUACUCACAUCUUACAAGGCCAACUUUCUGGUUAUUGAAGAUUCAAUUUGCAAUGAAGUGGGACCUGUAAGAGGAUGCAGAGUUAAAGAUCUGUUGGAUGUUGCUAAUGGUCAUGUGGUUUGUGAGGAAGGUGACAACUAUGCCUACUCAAAAUAUGGACGAUUUUGUCAUGAAAUCAAAAUGAACUAUUCUCCAUAUGUGAAUUACUUCACUCGAGUAUACUGGAAUAGGUCCUACUUUGUAUAUAGAAUCAACACUGUGAUAUCCUUCCAGUCAUGAAAAAGCAUACAAGUUUCUUUCUGAGGAUUGAUUGUGAAUGAAUUUCAGUUGGAAAAGUUCCUUUUGAGCAAGGAAGUAUAUUUUUGCAGAGAGAUGUGCACACAUGCAGUGUACUGACAACUUUAUUCUACCAAACUGAAAUUUUUUGAUCUACAGAUCAGCAGACACAUAUACCAUCCUUGAAGGAAAUGGGAACAUUUAUCAGUUUUACAGUCUCUACAAUGUGUUACAGUCUUCCAUGUUUUUACAUUUUUCUUCCCAUUAUAAAUCAUCUUAAUCUUCAUGUAAAUGAGAUUUCUAACUUUAGUGUUAGAGACUUCAGUAAAUAUAGAAAUAUGCAUAGACUUCAGUAAAUACAGAAAAAUUAUUUUAAGAGCUCAUUUAAGUCAUGUAGCUUUUAAUUUUUAGCAAGAAAGCAAUCACUAUCCCAAGUCUUUUCAAGUAAGUGUUUGGAAUUUUAGUUUGGGGUUUCUUUUUGUUUUGUUUUAAUUCUUCUCUCUUCCAUGGUAAACAUUUCUGUAUUUAUCAAACACACAUCUAUACAUCUUAUGUGUAGCUAUAUAGUUUGUAUAAAUCAAAUAAGGAAGAUUUUACUUAAACAACACUUCCAUAGAUUAAGGCACUGAUCUCUACAUUGUUGUCUCUGUUGUCUACAGAGGUAUGUUGGUGGAAAUGCUAGGAAUUAGAUCUAGCUCAGAUCUUCAGUUUAUAAAGAAUUUGUCUUCAGCAUUUCUCCACACUUAAGUGUGUAUGUGUGUAUGCUUAAGUGUGUCUUUCUUAGCAGCCACCAGAAUGGGCCAGUAUACCACAGUAUGCCAUACUUGUUUUCAGGCAAGUGUAGCAGGACAGCCAGGUUUGCUACUGAGAUUUCUGCACUUCAGUUUCACCUCCUGUGUGUGUGCUGGUACAUGUGUGUGUGUGUGUGGAGGGAUGGGUGAUACUCAUUUCAUUCAACUUAUUAUGCAAUAGCUAUAUUAAGAUAGUGCCAUAACUGUCAUUUAAAACACUAUAAUCACCACCAUUAAUAAAUAAUGGUACAGAUGUUCAUAGCUAUUUUUAUAUCAAUUAUGCAAAUACACAGAUCUUUGAAAAUUUGAGGAAGUACUCUGCAGUUUUGCUUCCCUCUAAAAUUUUUCUUUGUUAUAUGACCCUCUUUGCCUCUACAACUCCUUUUCUUAAAAAAUUAUCUGUUCAUCCUGUUUGUUGCUGGCUGAUAGACUUUCAAGAAAAUGAAUGAUGUUUUAAUUCCAGUUCUGGGUUUAAACCUAGUGUUGAGAAUGGAAACUCCAAUAAAAGGUAACAGUAGCUUUAGAUAUAGAUGUAACUGGACAGAAAACCAGGACUAAGUUUUGGAAGAAGUUUCUCACCCCUUAGGAGUUACCUGCAGUUACAAAUUGAUGUAACACCUGGCCCAUAGACCAGUCUAUCAGGAAUGUGGGAAUGAUUCUUUGGAGCCCAGAUGCCUUUAAUGUAGGAUCUGGCAAAAUAGGAUGAACCCUCAGCUGAAAAGUCUGCAAACCAUUCUGCAAGUGGAAGCUGUAAAACAGUCCGUACUGCAAAUCAGAGAUUUUUAACUCUGAAAUUAUUAGGAACUGCAGCAUGUUGUUGUAUGUGCAUGAUUCUUCUCUGCUCUGUGCAGAUACACUUGCUUACUUUACACUGACACAUAGUGCUGAGAUUUUUUAAAACUUGUUAUCACUUUUGGAGUGAUUUAAAAGAAAAAAAGCUUUAUUGUUUUAAAAGCCAACAUGUCGGUAAUCUGUUUUUUACUUUCAGUUAUAUUUUUAGGCCCAUGAGUCUUGACAAAAUGUUAAAUUAUGCAUUUUACUUGAAACCAGUGUUCAGAUAAAUCCAUCAAAUAUAUGGGAUGCUGUCAUUGAGAGAAACAUCCAUAUAACUGAGUUACAAGUUAUAAGUAAAUAUCCUUUCUGGGCAUACAGGCAUUGUGUUGGGGGUGAUGUGUACCUGUGUGUCUGAUGGAGUGCAGGCUGCAUUUAUCUGCUUGUGCACAAGUGCAUGUUUUACUGCACUGGGCUGUUUAUGACUACUCAGUUACUGUAUACCAGCAGAAGCUUGUGUAUUAACUUGAGCUAUGGCAGGCCUACAGGAACCCCCUCUGUAUGUGUGGAUAUAGAUGUAAUACUUGGAAGUAAGUGUAGAAUUCCUUUUUCAAUUUAAGUUUGUUGGAAUCACUGUCGAGGAAUUACAUGUCAGUGUGUUGGUCAUUUAAUCUCUUGAAGUUAGUAAUUCAUGAAUAUCACUUCAUAUCAGCAAUAAGGCAUCCCAGGUGCAAACUUCAGGGUUACAACUGUACUUGGGUAGGUGAAAUUGCAGAGCUUACGGUUUCAUGCCUUAGACUGCCAUGCUGAGAUGCAGCAUUCAGCUGUCCUUGACUGCCUGUUGUGUUUUCCUGCAAUGUUGUGUGUGCUACCAUGUAUAAUGUAGUUUGAGCACCUACAUGUAGAGCACACAUAUUAAGAAAACCACAAAUGAGGCCACCCACAUAUCUAAAAAACUGUCUUGUAGCACGUUGGCCUUUAUACAUGUUUAAAUGAACGAGUUGAACUUUAUUUGAACUGUGACAUUGUUAUUGUUAUUAGUUUUGUCAUAGUUUUUAAGAUGUAUUCUUGAUACUUCAAUUGAUUCUGCUUUAGGAGAGUCAUUUAAGAUUUUUACCUUGCUUUUUAUAUUAGAGAAAAUUAUAUUGCAGCACCAUUGGCACAGCAGCCUUAAGUAACAGAAGUAGCCUUUUAUUUGGGAGAACAUUAAGGUUGUUCCUGUAAAAAGGCAUAAUUAAAACAAGUGACUGAAAGAAUCAUAUCUUAGAAAGAGAAUUAAUUUCUUAUCUAGCUAUGGACUAGCUAAAUACUGUCUAAUCUUCAGUUUCUGUGAAAAAUAGUUCCAGUGAUACCCCUCAGUGGGACAACAACGGGGGCAUAAUUACACCAGACUUGUGCAGACAACCCUGGCUUGGUUUUCAACCAGAUCACAGGUUUAACUCCGAAAGGGUUGUCGGAAAGUUUUACAAAUUUUGAUCUGCUUUGCUGUAGAUGUUGCAAUUCAGUUGAAACAUGUGCCUUGCAAGCUUUUAUUAAACAAACAAAAACCUCAAUUCAUGUAAUUCAUGUUUCUUUUUGUGAAGAUUUUUUUUUUAAUUCCUGUCCCUCUGAUUUCUAGAGUUUCUGUUGUGUCUUAAUAUGCCAGCCUCUGAGGAUGCCCAAGUGGUGCAGCUGGGAUGCAUGCCAGCCAUCUAACAGCUGUUCACUAGGAAGAAUGAGAAUUUGCAUAGCAAUUUCUGUGACUAUUCUGCUGGCUUAUUUCCUCCUUCACAUUUCCACUUUCUGAUAUACUUGAUCUUAGUAAAUGAAAAAAAAAACUACCUUGAAAGAAUAAAUUAGUAUAGUAUUUUCAGGCACCCACCUGUUAUCCUUAGACUUGUGAAUCAAAGUUUGACCAACCCACAGCUAAACUUAACGUACGCAGUUUUGUCUUAAUGUUAAAAAAAUGCUCUUUCACUUCCUGAAUUACCACAUACUUGAACUCAGAUUUGACAGGAGAUGCUUGAGACUAAGGAAAGGUAUUUCUGAGCAUAAACGUUUAUUCAUAUUAUUUAAAAAAUAUUAUUUCAUUUCUUCCAAAGUAAAUGGAAAUACAAUUUCAUACAACACAAUCUUAAAUACAUUUUCCAUGGGGAUGGGGAAUAAGGAGAAGAUACACAGGUGUGGAAGAAAGAAGGCCGAAAGGUUUCAUAGGCAUUGAAAAUUCUUCCAACUAUUUGCUCUGGUGGCAUUACUAUUUACUAAAAGGUAGAGGCUAGGGACCAACUCUUGUUCUUAUCACCUUAUUUUCACUAAGUCAUCUUCAAGUGUCCAGACCUUGUAUCAUUCCAUCAGCUUUUCCAUGCAAUUCACAUGAAAAGGAGCUGCAAGAUCCGGUUGUAGGGAUUGUAAGGUAUCCCUGAAAUACUUGUUAAAAUGUCAUAUAAGCUGUCCUUCAACCAAAACUCCAACAGGAGAAAGCAUAGGCUGUGCUUGUGAAUGCGUGGGCGUGUGCACAUACGAUGUGUUUGCAUUUACAAGUGUCUGUUUUACUAUUGUGUUUUGGAGAUGGAAUGAGGAACUUCUCUUAUCACUGAUGGUGGUUGAAUCUUAAGUCUGGUAAAUACUGAUGGGCAGGUGGGCUUUGGAAUACUGUGGUACUGGAGAUGAAAGAGAAGCAGAACUUUAUUGCAACACAAGCAAUAUUUCAUGUGAAAUAAUACCUCAACAUAAAUCUGCAUAAUCAUGCUUUAAUACUUUUUUUAAAACUUAAUUUUAGAGGGGGGAAAGUGGGAAUUCUAAGACAUGCAUUGUGUGUUAUCUUAAUCUUUCCUACUUCAUCAGUACAGCUGAAACAACAAACACCAUUAUGUUGCUGCACUCUAACUAUGCCAAAUGCAGAGCUAGUGAUGCCUAAAGGUCUUCUGAAUUGUUUUGUACCUCAACAAUGUGUUUAAAUGUAAUUAAUCUGGCAAUGGUUUUAGUUUCAGCACAGUUAAAUAUAUGUAUUGCUGCCUUUCAAGUGAUGUUUGAGGUUACCUAUUUAUUUGAUGGGACAGAGGGUUUAAUGCCUUUCAAAAUUUCAAACUUGUUUACUUCAAUAAUGCAGAAGAAUUAUUGGUGGUGCUUUACUUGUUAACAGUGACAUUUAGCAGUAGCAUGUAUGUUAAACUAUUUAAUAACAAGCCUAAGGAAUACAAUGCAUUUUAUCCUGUUUGUUGUCUUGGACAGUUUUUUAUCAAAGUAAUGUAUACAUAGUAAAUAUUUUUCUCUUGUAACUAAUUUUUUUUCUGUGGAAAAAAAAAUUAAUAAAAGCCAAGUCCAGAAAAUAUGGAUUGUUUGGGACACAAACCAUUUUAUCGAGAAGUCAAGGGAGGACUGUGCAACAUAGCUCAAAUGUCUGUCUUGACGGGCAGCAUAAACAGUCCUGCAACUCUUGAGGACAAGCAGCCUGCUCAGACUGGAUCCAUAUGUUGUGCUGACUGUGACUGCCUGUUGAGACAUACUUGUGUGAGGAUGAACAGCAAAAUGUGAGCUGCUUCAUAUGGAAUUCCUGAACUCUGUGACUUUCUCCCUGAAGAUCUUCCUACAUACAGCAAGCAUGUCACCUGGAAAUAAAGUGCUAUGCAACAUCAAA